AUGCCAGCCUGCUUCGCCUCCCUCCAGCCGGAGUUGAUACUCUGCAUCAAUGAAUUCCUCCCAGUCACGUCUCAGGCCCAGUUGGCCGCCACCAGCACCGAACUCCGCUCCCUCUUGCACAACACCGUGUGCAAGAAAGCCAUCGCAGCAUUCCCCUACCUCAUUCAUUGGGCUGCCCAGGUCGGCCUGACCAAUCUCGUGUCAGCUUUCCUCAACGCUGGAGCAGAUCCCAACACUAAGUGUGCCGUCCAGUCCUGGCAAAAGUACAAGAGAUCCCCAGCACGCACGAUCCUGCUCCGCAUGUACAAGCACGACAGCCGCUCCCGCAAGCAGUCCCUGUACCGACCCGAUCUCGAGUUCAACUUCCUCAGCGGUGGAGAUUUCUUUGAUGAGGAGGGCUGGAGUGAUUAUGUCUCUGAUCAUGCCAACAUGUCCGACCACAGCAUACGUGCCAGCUACAAACACCAGCGACCCGAGCGUCACUGCAUGGACGUCGAGUUCUACAGCGAUGAUGAAGAAUUCGCCUGGAGACCCGAGCCAUACACCUACAAGGCACGCUUCCAGCCUCUGCAUGCUGCCUGCUCGCGUGGCCAUGCUGCCAUUGUCAAGCUACUGCUCGAGCACGGUGCAGAAGCUCAUGGUGUUUCGUCAGGUCUCUGUCGAUGCAUCCUACCAUCGCCCAAAGCUGGAGAUUGGUGCACCUGCUGCCAGCCGCAGGAGCUGUGCCACCAUACUCCGCUUCUGCUGGCAGUUUGCCACGGCAAGCAUGAUGUCGUGGACGUCGUCUUACAGCUAUGCGCCACUGACGCAGCCACGGGCAACAAUCUUAUCAAUGCCGCAUUUAUGGCCGCCCUCAAUAAGGGCGACGGCAUGCUUGUUACCAAGUUUCUCAACGCACCCUACAACGUCGAUGUCAAUGACUGCAAGGUCGCCGGACUCACCCCCUUGGCGUUUUGCGUACUCCGACAACGCAGCCUUGGUGUCCUCCGUCUGCUUCUAGACAACGGGGCGGAGCCAAACGACGAUCUUGGUAGCGGACGUUCGACUAUCGCCAACGCCUGUCUAAGCGCGCGAUAUGAGGCUGCCGCCAUCAUGCUACCCUACUCGAAGGACCCUGACGUGUUUUUCCCCAGCAACCCGGAAAUGCGCGCGAUUGCUGGCCCAUACUCCACAAGAGGUGGCUUGUCACUUGUCCAAGUCACUCGGCCUCUCGAGUACAUAGCAGCCGGCAGCUUGACAGCUCUGCAGUACAUUGCGCCCCUUCAUGCAUCAGAGAACCCACUCCCAGUAGGAAAGAACGGUCGCGAGCUGAAAAGGGUUCGUAAUGAACGACUCGCAAUCGAAGCGCAUGAACGUCAGCGUGUUAAGCUGGUGGAAGAGCUACUGAAGAAGGGCGCGAAUGUCCACGCAACUCCACGCUCACACCAUACGCCAAUCGUUCUCGCAGCCGCUUCCCAUAGCACUGACGUCAUGAGUGUUAUCCUCAAAGCUGGAGGACAAAUUGGUCAAGAGGACAGCGUCGGCUUCUUUCCACUCUUGGCUGCGGCUUCUAGCCAUUUUGGCUUGUGGUACGAGAACAUUCCGGUGAGAAUGUACACUGUUCUGAAGUUCUUACUGGAGCAUGGAGCGGAUCCAAACCAGGCCAGCUCCAAGACUGGCCAGACGUCACUCAUGGUUCUCUGUGACCGCAUAUCGGAACACGAUAUCGUCAGCUGGAAGGACAUUGAUCUCCUCAUCAAAGCCGGUGCGGAUAUCAAUGCCAGCGACCACGACGGCAUCACGCCUUUGAUGGCUGCAAAGAGGAAAGAAGAUCAAGACAAAUGCGAUCUCUUAGUCAAGCGCGGCGCACGGGAAUCGCCAGCUGGCAACGCGUCCGCAACAUGA